GCCACGCCGAGGAGGGAGCGCGAGCACCGGCGCGGCGGCGUCCUGGAGACCCCUGAGAGAUGGAAGCGGCGGCGCCGGCGGCCGAGGCGGCGGGGCGCGAGGAGCUAGGCACAUUGAACCAACUUGAGGUUUCCCAAGCAAACAUUGAAUUCAAGCCUGGAAUGCCCCAUUCAGUCAUGGGACCAGUGCUGACGCUAGUACCUCUGCUAAAAAAUUAAAGAGUGAAAUCUGUAUAUGGAUGUGAUGAGGCCCUUGAUAAAUGAACAGAGUUUUGAUGGGACAUCAGAUGAAGAACACGAGCAAGAGCUUCUCCCCGUUCAGAAGCAUUACCAGCUUGAUGGCCAAGAGGGUAUUUCGUUUGUACAAACUCUUAUGCAUCUUCUUAAAGGAAACAUUGGAACAGGCCUUUUAGGACUUCCGUUGGCAAUAAAAAAUGCAGGCAUAGUGCUUGGACCGAUCAGCCUUGUGUUUAUAGGAAUAAUUUCUAUUCACUGUAUGCACAUAUUGGUACGUUGCAGUCACUUUCUGUGUCAGAGGUUUAAAAAGUCAACCUUAGGUUACAGUGACACUGUGAGUUUUGCUCUGGAAGUAAGUCCUUGGAGUUGUCUUCAGAAGCAAGCAGCUUGGGGACGGACUGUGGUUGACUUUUUUCUGGUGAUAACACAGCUGGGAUUCUGCAGUGUUUAUAUUGUCUUCUUAGCUGAGAAUGUUAAACAAGUUCAUGAAGGAUUCCUGGAGAGUAAAGAGUUUAUUUCGAAUAAUACCAGUUCAUCAAAUCCAUGUGAGAGAAGAAGCAUUGACCUCAGGAUGUAUAUGCUGUGCUUUCUCCCUUUUAUACUUCUUUUGGUCUUCAUUCGUGAUUUAAAGAAUCUAUUUAUACUUUCAUUCCUUGCCAACGUUUCCAUGGCUGUCAGUCUCGUGAUAAUAUACUAUUACGUUGUUAGGAACAUGCCAGAUCCCCACAACCUCCCAGUUGUGGCUGGUUGGAAGAAGUACCCGCUCUUCUUCGGUACGGCUGUAUUUGCUUUUGAAGGCAUAGGAGUGGUCCUUCCACUGGAAAACCAAAUGAAAGAAUCAAAACGCUUCCCCCAAGCCCUGAAUAUUGGAAUGGGAAUUGUCACAACUUUGUACAUAACAUUAGCUACUUUAGGGUAUAUGUGUUUCCGUGAUGAAAUCAAAGGGAGCAUAACUUUAAAUCUUCCCCAAGAUGUAUGGUUAUAUCAAUCAGUGAAAAUUCUGUAUUCCUUUGGGAUUUUUGUGACCUAUUCGAUUCAGUUCUAUGUUCCUGCAGAGAUUAUUAUCCCUGUAAUGACAUCUAAAUUUCAUGCUAAGUGGAAGCAAAUUGGUGAAUUUGGAGUGAGGUCCUUCUUGGUCAGUAUUACUUGUGCCGGAGCGAUUCUUAUUCCUCGUUUAGACAUCGUGAUUUCCUUUGUGGGAGCUGUGAGCAGCAGCACUUUGGCCCUGAUUCUGCCACCUUUGGUUGAAAUUCUUACAUUUUCUAAGGAACAUUACAAUAUAUGGAUGGUCUUGAAAAAUAUUUCCAUAGCAUUCACUGGAGUUGUUGGUUUCUUGUUAGGUACAUAUGUAACUAUUGAAGAGAUUCUUUAUCCUUCUCCCAGAGUCCCAGCUGGAACGCCACAAAGUCCGUCUCUAAAUUUGAGUGCAACCUGCUUAGCAUCUGGUUUGAAAUAGAAGCAUAAUUAUGAGUCUUCUACUUUCGUCUCAAUUCUGAAAAUGCUUAAAGUAAGAACUAGUAAAAUGCAUUAUCAAAUGCUUAAAAAUAGUACCACACUCUAUUUUCUUUUGCCACAAUAUUAAUAUUUUGGCAGUAAUUGCAAUUCUUUACCAGUAGUGGUAAACUAUAACAGAUCCUUGGUUUUAAGUGGUAGCAAUAAUUUCAGAAAAUUAAGUUUUACAAAUU